AAGAUAUUUCACUGAAUGCGUCAUGGCCAGCAUCAUAUUAUGAUGAGGUUUGUAACUUUUUCAAUGGUUUUGUGUCCUUGUCAAUAGAGGAAGGCCAACACCCUACACUCUGAUUUGACCCUAAUUAGAAAAGUGUUGUCCUUCCCAGGUAUCUCAGCUGACAGGUUCAUGUUACAAUUCCAUUGGUGUUUUCUGUGCAGUGGUACCUCAUUUUCACAGAUUUCACAUCAUUCGCUGUUGAUAAGAAGAAAGGAAGAAUCCAAAACUCUAGCAUUUUUAUGCAACCUUAGUAUUCGAAAAGCUUCAGAAUUACUAAAGUGUUGUUAGUCCCAAAGUGAUAGUUCACCCCAAAAAAAUGAAUAAUUUGCCAUUAUCUUCUCAUCCUUAUGUCGUUCCAAACCUUAAAUGAAUUUCUUUCUUCUAUAAAACAGUUUAAUGUGUCAACUGAUUUUUGAAAAUGUAAUGAAAGUCAGUGGAGUCCAGUGUUGUUUUAGAUGCUAUUGCAUUUUAAGACAUUUUUCAAAAUAGCUUUUGUGUUCCACAACGAACCCCUUCAAGAAAUCCCUUUGACCAUCAUCAUCACAUCAAUAAAGCAGGUGUGUCCAAACCGUGGGAUUUCAAGCAGUGACCAUCACGAUUUUAAGGUAACAAACCUUCUUAAAGGCAUGCAAGGUCAGAGGUCGGACCUCUUAGACUAAUAGGUCCAAACAGAGGACGGGACCUCCCAUAUAUUGUGUACUUCUACAAUACAGUUUGUUCUUACUUUAUUAAAUUACAAGACAGUGGUCAUUGUUUAUGGUCUAACUUUAAAGGUGAGGUGUUAAGUUUCAAGGUUUGCCUCAAGGUAAUGGUACCUUAUCCACAAAAGUGAAUUGUUCUUAAAAACCCGAGCAACCAUACUGAAUGACAAAUGACCUUGUUUUGGCCCAAUCCUGCGGAAGUCCUCUAUAACUAACAUCUCCUACUCACACAUGCAUAUAUAAAUAACAGACAGAAGCAGAUCAGAGUUAAUCCAGCAGUGACUUUGAGAAGAUAAAGGAUCUUUGACAGCAAGGAUAACUUUGAGAUCUUCUCUGGGGUGCUGAGAUUCAUUUAACAGUCAUUUUUGGACAUUGAUGAAGAGCAGAUAGCUGACAUGGUUCUACUCAGCCUCUUGAUUUUGGGUGCGCUGGUUAAAGGCCACCUGGCUCUUACUGCUAGUGACUGUGGGACUUCCUUCAGGCGUCCAGCGUACACAGACAUUGCAGUGUAUUGCGGGACCCAGUCUAUAAAUCUGGCCAUCCAGGUUUGCCCGGUCAUUUACACUGGAUAUAACGAGAGCCUGUUGAUUCUGAAUCAAGUCAGAAAUGAUCCGUUGUGUCGCGGCACGAUGGACUCGACAGUCAAUCCUCCAGUCGUGCGCUUCAGCUUCCCGCUAACACAAUUAGACGCCUGCGGCAGCAUCUUCCGCACCACCAGCGCUCCAGGGACAGGGAUCUUCUCGGACUUCUCUAACAUCCAGACAGUGAAUGUCAGUGGGGUGGUCAGAUCUAUUGACCCCACAAUAGGAACAGUGACCUACAACGCCGAGCUGAGCUAUUUUUACUCCUGUGCAUAUCCUCUCCAGUACCUGAUCAACAAUACAAAAGUUGAUGUGUCAUCCUCCUCCAUUGCAGUGAUUGACAACAAUGGUAGCUUCAUCAGCACUUUAAGCAUGCAGCUCUUCAAAGUAAAUACACGACUAAUGAAAAAAGUUUCGAAAAUCUAUAGCUUUUUCUAUGCUGUGCCAUACUGUGUCCAAGACUUCAUAUCUGACCUGUGUCUCCAGGAUAUAAACUACACAACUCCACUCGUCAUCCCUGCUCUUGGUGUAGAGCUCAGAACCAGAAUCUACGUGCAAGUCAUCGCAGCAAACUUGACUUCACAGUAUCGUGUUCUGCUGGAUCGAUGCUAUGCCUCCAUCUCAGCCUUACCCUCAAAUUCAACCUUUUUCAACCUCUUCGUCCCGUGCUCUCAGGAUCAGUUUACCACCAUGUCGGAGAAUGGAAACAGUCAGAAGGCUCGCUUUAGCUUCCCGGCCUUCCGCUUUACUGAGCAGCAGAACCAGACCAUUUCCACCUACUACCUGCACUGCAUCACCAGGCUGUGUGAAACCAGCAGCUGCGCACAGUUCAAGCAAUGCACCAGGAGGAGAAGACGGGAAACACAGACAAUGCAAAUUAAAGAUGGAGUCUCAGACACCACCCGCAUCUCCUCAGGACCGAUUAGGAUUAGAGCAGAAACCCCUCUCAGCACUAAGGAAGAAGCCGUGAGCAGCCCACAGAAGGACAGUGGUAAUGGGGCAUCUACAGGACUGGGCAUCGCUCUGGCCGUCCUCGUCAUUGUGGGCACCAUUGCUGCCCUCAUGGCCGUGUCAUUUUACCGAAGACUUAAGAUGCUGCGUUAGCUUCCUGUGAUCCUAUGGCUCUUUUUGUGAACAACAGCACUGGUGAAGAUGGGAACUGGGGAUCCAUUUUAUUAAUAUAUGAAUUUUUCAAUUAAAAAGCUUUGUCAGCAUAGAAGACAACACGAUUGUCAUUUGAAAUGCAAAUAUUGCAACCAAAAAUAUAUGUUAAUAUAUAAUAUCUUAUACACUUAAGGCACAAAUAUUUAAAUGCACACCAUUUUAUCUUAUAAGCAAACAUGUACAGAGUGCAUUUGGUAUGAGAAAGACGAUUACAAAGGGAGCAAUGCUUGUGUAUCGACAGUGGUUUUAAAAGGAUAUUUGUGCAGAUAAAACAUUUUAUCUAUUUACAACUGCUUUGCAAUCUGUCGUAAUGGAUUCUUGCUCAAGCUGUGCUACAUUAAAGCAGGAUUUAAGGCUUUAGGAUUGACAGCUUUUAAAGAACAUUUAAAAAAGUUGUUAAAGCUGCAUGAAGAGCCUGGCUUUGAUUUAGCGAGCUUGAGUCUUAUUAAUGAGGAAUGAAUCUUUCAUUUUGGAAACGUGAUUGUAAGAAUGCCUAUUUUAAUUCAGAUGCUUCAGCAUAUGCAAUAUAUGAUAAAUUUAGACAGGUGUUUGUUUAUUGAAACUUUUUUUUGGAGUUUGUACUUUUGUUGCAUGCAAUGUCAUUAAUAAAGGCUUGUAGGAUUGUGAGAACUGUCUCAGUCACCACUAGGGGGAGCUUCACCAUUGUUUGAAAAAG